AGCCUUCAGUCUAUUUCAGGGUCCAGAGGUCUCGCAGUAGCUACCCUCACACUGAUACUAUAUACCAUCAGCCUGCACAUCGCUGCUAGCGCGGGCGCUUCUCAACAGCUCGGAACAGUAAUUUUUGGAAUUUUACAUGCCAUCCCAGCAGUGGGAGUUUUGAUCGUGACAUCGGUGGAAUUGGCGUUUGCGGUGAAAUCACCAGCAGUGGCGAUUUCUAUCAUCAUAUCUUGUUUCCUUCCUACCAUGGCUGCAAUUUCUCAAUACCUCCGCAUGCGGUACAUGAAGACAAUGAUAGAUCAGUUACCGAUGACCAUCCCCGGGGACCUCCCGUCAGAGCUAGUAUGA